GGACAGUGGUUUUAAUGUUGCUGCUUUUGCUUAAUUGCAUAUUCAGUUGAUUACGAAAGAGGAGAGCUUGGAGCUCUAUGAAGAUAUGAUUUUGGGAAGAUCCUUUGAGGAUAUGUGUGCACAGAUGUAUUACAAAGGCAAAAUGUUUGGCUUUGUUCACCUCUAUAAUGGCCAAGAGGCUGUAUCAACUGGGUUUAUCAAGCUUUUGAAGAAGGAAGAUUGUGUGGUGAGCACAUACCGUGAUCAUGUGCAUGCAUUGAGUAAGGGAGUCCCUGCUCGUGCUGUGAUGAGUGAGCUCUUUGGCAAAGCCACAGGGUGCUGCCGAGGCCAAGGUGGGUCAAUGCACAUGUUUUCCAAAGAGCACAAUCUGCUUGGUGGGUUUGCCUUCAUCGGGGAAGGAAUUCCGGUGGCAACUGGAGCAGCCUUUACCUCUAAAUAUAGGAGGGAGGUAUUGAAGGAGGCUGAUUGUGAUCACGUGGCAGUGGCAUUCUUUGGAGAUGGUACCUGUAACAAUGGGCAGUUCUUUGGGUGUUUGAACAUGGCAGCGCUGUGGAAAUUGCCCAUUGUCUUUGUUGUAGAGAACAAUCUGUGGGCAAUAGGGAUGUCGCAUUUGAGAGCAACCUCAGAUCCCGAGAUUUAUAAGAAGGGACCGGCGUUUGGAAUGCCUGGUGUUCAUGUUGAUGGAAUGGAUGUUUUGAAAGUGAGGGAGGUUGCCAGUGAAGCAAUUACACGGGCUAGGAGAGGAGAAGGGCCGACUUUGGUGGAAUGUGAGACGUAUAGAUUUAGGGGACACUCACUGGCUGACCCUGAUGAGCUUCGUAACCCUGCCGAGAAGGCUCACUAUGCUGCUAGAGAUCCCAUCACUGCUUUGAAGAAAUACAUGAUUGAGAACAGUUUGUCUAGUGAAGCAGAGUUAAAGGCCAUUGAGAAGAAGAUAGAUGAGGAGGUUGAGGAGGCCGUUGAGUUUGCGGAGGCAAGCCCUGUUCCACCUCGCAGCCAACUUCUUGAGAAUGUGUUCGCAGAUCCUAAAGGCUUUGGAAUUGGACCUGAUGGGCGGUACAGAUGUGAGGAUCCCAAAUUCACAGAAGGCACAGCUCAUGUCUAACUUCCCAGAGUUGGACAUUCAUCGACCUACUUUUUUCUGGCCUUUAGUUCAUUGUUAUAACUUAUAUGGUCCUAUAUUUUGUUCUUACUA